AUGGACCUCCUAGGAGAUCUUUCCGAGCCAAGAGGAGCUGUACUAUCACGACGUCGCAGCCGUGGCACCAACAGUAACAACAGCUCGCCCAACAAGGAAGUGAUCAAAGUAGAAGACCCUUUCAAGAGUUCUUUACCACCCUCUCCAGUUCUGUCAAAGCCUUUAGCAACAGCUCCAGAGGUAGCGACAGAGAUGGUAGCUCCAUCAAAUGACAGACCUGAUACUCCGCCAUCACCAGGUCGCAUCCGAUCACUAACAGUCGACAAACGCAUCCGCGAAAGCGACUUGGAACUGCCAAAAGACAGUCUGCUAGAGGAAAUUCUACCGUCGCCUCCUGCCUCUGCUCGCAGCAGUCCCCAGCGACGCAACUCGUACUCCCAGUCCUUCGACGUUGAAGACAAAAUCGCUCCUAUCGCUGAGGAGCCAAUUAGAAAAGUACAAGAGCACAACUCUCAAGCCCAAGAGGAGACUCCACAUAUUUCAAUUGUCAGGCCCUCGCCGAUAGAAGAAAUGAAAGAUUCGAAGACAAUUUUUGCUCCAGUUUGCAACUGUGAAGAACGCGAAAAAGCGCUUACUGCAACAUUUGACGUCGAGCGAGUUGCACUGCAGCAACAACUCGAUGAACUCACGCAACAGUUGCAGACUCAAACAGCGUCUAACAGUCAACUCGCGCAACAACUCACGCAACAACAGGAGGAACGAGAAGCGCUCGCUACGCAACUAUCUCAGCAACUGGAAGAACGAGAAUCACUGGUUAACCAACUGUCGCAGCAACUUGAUGCACGAGUAGCAGCGAACACUCAACUGACUCAACAACUCGCAACAGUGGAACGUGAUAAACUCCAAGCCGACCAGGUAGCUGCAAGCUGUAAAGAGGAAGCAGCGAGCUACCAACAUCGAGCUGAGCUCUUGGAAGCCGAGAUACGAGGACUUCGUGACGAGCUGUACCGCUCGAAACGCGCCAUCCAGGAUGCAGAGUUGACUCUAGCACGGAAAAUGGCCGAACAGGACGACGCGGACCAGUUAGAACGCCACCGAGAGAAGCGCGCGCUUGAGGCGCUUAGUGCGCAGAUGCAACGUGCAUUAGCACGUCUCACUGUAACGCAUCAAGUACACGAGGAAGGUUUAGGCCUUGACAACUCCGCAGCACGCGUUGCUGCUGAAGAUGAGGCACGUCUUCGAGUGAUCGCGUCGCUAGAGGGAAGCUCGAAGCGCGCAGCUCAACACGCUGAGCAAGAGCGACUGAAACUAGCAGAGUUAUUACGAGAACUCGAAGCGGGGGCGCGCAACGCUCGACAAGGAGCGUUAGAAGAUAAGGAGCGUCUGCGACAGGAGCAGCAACGUCUAGACGCACUUAGCGCUCAUCUCCAGGCCCAUGCUGCCGCACUACGGGACCAAGAGGAUACUCAUGCCGCGUAUAUGGGGAAGCAACUGGCUGAAGCUCGAGAGGACGCGCGGGUGUACGAAGCACGUUUAGCAACUAGAAGGACGCAACUGGAACGCGAUGAGCGUGCGUUGUAUGAAGCUCGAGCGGAGUUUGCGGCCUUCCGCGAACAAACUGCGCUAGAGAUUGAGCGCGAGCACGAGGAGCUUCGAGCGUCGCGUUUAGCGCUUGAAGACGCGUGGCGCGAGCUUCGCGCGGACCGCGAGGACCUCGAAACGGAGUUGGCUGGCCACGAAGAUGAAUUUCAAACACUCGAGAGCAUGCGGCAACACGUUCAAGACGCAGAAGCGCGACUGGCGGAACGUACGCAAGAGGUUGUCGCACUAGCGGAGAAACUUGACGUCGGCACGCAAGAGUUGCUGGAACGUCAGCAACUUGUUGCAUGCUCAGAUUCGACAGCUUGA